UCCGCUGCCGCUCGCCUGCCCCGGCCUGGCCAGUCCCGUCCCGGCCCCGCAGGAAGAGCCAAUGCGGCGCCGCCGCCCCUCGCCCCGGCCAUGGACACCAGCGACCUGUUCACCAGCUGCAAGAAGGGGGACGUGAGCCGAGUGCGAUAUCUUCUUGAACAGAGAGAUGUCGAAAUAAAUGUUCGGGAUAAAUGGGACAGUACCCCUUUAUACUACGCUUGUCUCUGUGGACACGAGGAGCUUGUAUCCUAUCUUCUAGCCAGUGGUGCAAAAUGUGAAGCAAACACUUUUGAUGGGGAGCGUUGUUUGUAUGGGGCUUUGAGUGAUGCCAUCCGACGUGUGUUGAAGGAAUACAAGCAGAUUACAGCGAAGUGCAUGAAGAGAGAUUAUUACGAUGUCUUCUUGCAGCGGCUUCUGGAACAGGGUUACCAAAGCGACAUUGUCUUCAUCGUCCAUGGGAAAUCCUUCUGUGCCCACCGCUGCAUCCUUAGUGCCCGCAGCGUGUACUUUGCAGAAAUGUUUGAGACCAAGUGGAAAGGGAAGAACAUGAUAGCAUUAAAGCACCCACUGAUCAACCCAGCGGCCUUUGGCUCCCUCCUGCAGUAUCUUUACACAGGUCGUCUAGACAUUGAUGUAGAAUAUGUGAAUGAUUGCAAGAGACUAGCCAAGCAGUGUCGGCUUCAGGAUCUCAUUGAGGAUUUGGAGAUCAAGUGUAAAAAGGUCUAUGAAUUUGUCUCUUCCAAGCCAGGGACCUGUGUGAAAGUGCUGACGAUUGAGCCCCCAGGUAACUGCCGGCUACAGGAGGAUCUGGCUCUACUGGCAGACUGCGCCCUGCCGGCUGAACUGCGGGUGGGUUUUGGGGAGUUGCCGUUUGACAGCACUGACAACUUUAGCAGCUGUCCUGAUGUGUGUUUUCGAGUGACAGAUUACAACUUUUUAUGCCAUAAGGCAUUUUUCUGUGGCCGCAGUGAUUACUUCAAAGCCCUCCUUGAGGAUCAUUUCAGUGAGAGUGAGGAGCUGCAGACUCAGCCCACCAUCCCUGUGGUGACCCUUCAUAACAUCUCAGAAGACAUCUUCAUCAGGGUCCUCUACUACAUCUACAGCGAUGACACCGAGCUGUCCCCUGAGAAUGCUUAUGACGUGCUGUGUGUAGCAGACAUGUACCUGUUGCCUGGCCUCAAACGCUUGUGUGGGAGAACCUUGGCUCAGAUACUUGAUGAGGACAAUGUUGUCAGCAUCUGGAGGAUUGCAAAGCUGUUCCAGCUGACCCGACUGGAGGACCAGUGCACGGAGUACAUGGCAAAGAUCAUUGAGAAGCUGGUGGAGCUAGAGGAGUUUGCGGCUGCGGUGAAGGAGAAUGCUGAGGCAGUGGAGGAACGGCAGGAGACCGAUUCCAUCCCCCUGGUGGAUGACAUCCGCUUCCACAUCACCAGCAAUGUGCAGACUUACAGUGCUAUCGAGGAGGCCAACCAGAAACUAGAGGCCCUGGAAAACCUCCUGGCCAGUAUAGGACUCGAGUGCUGAAGUCUGUAAAUCCUGCUGUUGGAUGCAGAGAGCAGCUUGUGUGACCUCCAGUGGGUUGCCUCUGAGUGCAAGAACAUAUGAGUCUUAGUCAAAUGACUUUUCUUUUUUCUCUCCUCCUCCUUCCCCCCCCCACCCCCCAACCCCAGGCAUGGUUUCCUUUUAAUUCAUUCAUGGCUGGACAUUCACAUGUUUGCUUUUUACCUUCCGUUAAUAGGAUCACAAAGUGCAGCAGUUUGAUAGUUACUGCUUGUACGAUACAGCACUGAGAGGGAACUGCCAGCCAUAUGGCUAAUGGAGCUGUAUUAACAGACUCAGUGACAUCUGGCCCCAGGAGCUGCCCCACUCUCUUAGCCAGCAAUGCAUUUCUGAAACUGGUUCAAAUCAGGGUUCUUGUAUAGUUAUCAAGGGAACAAAAAUGGAUUAUGAUAAGUGUAAAGGAAUCUACUAGAAUUAAACUGGCUGGUCUUUCGCUGUCAGUAUUAUGGGGAGUUAGUGGAGAGGAUGGCAUUUUAAUGGGGCACUAGCUGACUUCACCUGCUCUUCUUGUUUCUCAGUCACAAACUACUGGGAUCCUCCAAGUAUUGACACCUAGAUUUACACCCUCAGUGUAGUAUGGAAGUUUAGGUUUUAAGUCCAUAUUCUGACAGAUUGUGACAGUGUAUCCUUGAUCAGGGGGACGUGGCUAAAUUGAAUUAUUUCUUUUCUAGGUACUUUAUUUAAUGCAUGUCCCAAAUAUAAACCUAUAGGAAUACAUUACAAAGCAGCAGGAGAGAGACCUAGUCUCCUAAGGAGCCAGUAACUUUUCAAAGGCACCGAUGCAGAGGUCCUGCUCUUGUCUCACUCUAACAGGAGAGCAACUCCUUUCCUCUCAGAGUUGCCACAUGGUCUUUCUUUGGCCUGUUGUGUCAGGAUGAAGGAGAGACUUACCAAAGUUUAAGGGUGGGUGACAAGGAAAAGGGAGCUUUACAAGGCUUGUCUCAGUUCAUCUGCCCUGCUCUUUCAUCUUCUGACUUUACUCAGGCUUAAAAACCUUGAGUUCUUGUUCUUCAAGAAGCUAAUUCUUCAUCUUUGCAAAUGUGUUUGGGGAUUCUUCCUCUGCAGUAGAUAUCAUUAUCUUUAGAAAUCUGGUCUCUCUUGGCUUUUAGAGAGGGAGGGUGCUGUUUUUUUCCUCUUUUCUCAACAUCAGUCAGUGGGCCACAACUCUUGCACUAAGUAUACCUAAUCAUAUGGACUAGUUCUCCAAGCCCUGCUCCCUUGCUGUUACAGCCCUGCCCUGUAAGCAAACCCACCCUGUCUCACUACAUGUCCCUCUUUAGUGUUGCCCUGUUUCUAGAUACCCUCAGAGGUGGAAGUGUAGCAAGAGUUUUACUUGUCGCUCUGUUUUGUGUGACAGCAUGGUUGGAAGUUGCAAUUUUACAGGAUGUCCGGGUUAUGAAAUGACUUCAAGCUGGAUUCAGUGGUCCUGUGUGCUGAUACUGGGUGAUACGCCAAAGAGACAGUAUUGCCAGAGUGCAGGACAAUUACAUCCUCUCUUUGUUCACUUGUGAGUGAGGUCAGGGUAUUUUCUUGGUGUUGGCCAGAGAAAGGAAGGGAAUCUACAGUCACAAAACCUUGCCUGCACCCAGAUUUUGUUCGUUCUUCUUAAAUCUCCUGCUCUUGUCACAAGGAUGCACUAUGGUUGCUAGACUUUCUAGAGUUGUUGUCAGAGCCCCAAGGAUUCACUGUCCGGUUUUCCCAGAGUGCAAAGCAUGGAGACUUAACUGCUCUGACCCUUUAGAGAGUCAUAGGAAGUGGGUGGCUUAAUGGCGGG